UUUCCUCUUUCAGAUGAUUCGGAUAGCGAAUACAAUAUCAUUGACGACAAUCCGAGCUACACAUGCCCCAAAAGGCAUGGGCGUUUCACUCAUGAAGAAAUCUGCAACUGGUAUUACCACUGCAAAGAUAACACGCCUAGCGUACGUUUCUGUCACAGCAGUCAAUAUUAUGACAGCAUUCGCAAUAUCUGCUAUAACAAUGUAGACUGUGGUAGAAGAAAACCUAAGGAAGAUGAUAAAACCAUCACACCAAGGAUUCGUGAAUUUGUAUGUCCUUCUAAGAAUGGUAAAUUUACUCAUCCCAAAAACUGCGGAGCAUUUUACGUCUGCAAAAAGUACAAGUAUAAGCUCCAUCACUGUCCAGAAGGAAAACUCUUCGAUCGUAAAUGGCAAUCCUGCGAACCUGAACAAGAAGUCACAUGUGGCGAAAGAAUCCAUCCAGCUUUGGAUCCCGAUGAACCUCAAGAUAAAGAAGUCGAUCCAAAUCCAACUUUCACGUGCAUUGAGAACCAUGGUCGAUUCGAGCACGAUGAUUACUGUGACUGGUACUACAAUUGCCAUGAUAAGAAAGCGUCUCUUCGCGAAUGUCGGCGAGGAAAAUAUUACGACAAGAAGAAGAGGAAAUGCAUACAUUCUAGAGAUGUAUUCUGCGAAAACCGUAAACAACCUGAAGAUAGAGAUAUCACAGCAAUAUCAUCAACGACUGAACAAGUGGUUUCUACCACACAAGAAUCAGUCUUCGAGUGUCCAAAGAAAGAGGGCAAAUUUGCUCACGAAAGAGAUUGCUCUAUGUUUUAUCACUGUAAAAAAGGGAAGCACACAAUCCACAGAUGUCCUAAAAACAGACUCUUCGAUGAAGAAAGGCGUAGCUGUGAAGACGAGGAACGUGUAUCAUGUGGACACAGGAUACAUCCAGACAUGGAUCCCGAUGAGGUACAGGAUGAGAUCAUCGAUCCUAAUCCUAGCUUUCGCUGCAAAAGCAAUCAUGGGAGAUUUACUCACGAUGAGUAUUGCUAUUGGUACUAUCACUGCCACGACAAGAAAGCUUCUAUCCGCCAGUGUAGAAAAGGAAAGUAUUAUGACACCAGGAGGAAGAAGUGCUACGAUGCCAAAGAUGUCUCAUGUGAAGGACGACGAAAGCCAGAUGACAUGGACGUGACAACGGAGUUUAUUACAAUUGAAGUAUCUACAACAGAGACACCGGAAUUUCAAUGCCCAAGAAAAGAGGGAAAAUUUGCUCAUGAAAGAGACUGCGGAAAAUUCUACGACUGUAAGCGUGGAGAGUACAAAAUUCACAAAUGUCCUAAAAAUAAACUUUUCGACGAGGAAAGACGCAGUUGCGAGGACGAUGAUCAUGUUUCAUGUGGACAAAGAAUUCAUCCAGAUAUGGAUCCUGAUGAACCGCAGGAUGAGAUCAUUGACCCUAUUCCUAACUUCCGCUGCAAACACAAUCACGGAAGGUUUACUCACGAAGAAUAUUGCCAUUGGUAUUACCACUGCCAUGAUAAUAAAGCUUCUAUUCGCCAGUGUAAAAAUGGGAAGUAUUAUAACAGCAAACGAAAGAAAUGCUACGAUCCCAAAGAUGUCUCAUGUGAAGGACGACGAAAGCCAGAUGACGUGGAUAUGACAACGGAGUUUAUUACGACUGAAGUAUCUACAACAGACACACCGGAAUUUCAGUGCCCUAGAAAAGAGGGGAAAUUUGCUCAUGAAAGAGACUGCGGAAAAUUCUAUGACUGUAAGCGUGGAGAAUACAAAAUUCACAAAUGUCCUAAAAAUAAACUUUUCGACGAGGAAAGACGCAGUUGCGAGGACGAUGAUCAUGUUUCAUGUGGAAAAAGAAUUCAUCCAGAUAUGGAUCCCGAUGAACCGCAGGAUGAGAUCGUUGACCCUAAUCCUAACUUCCGCUGCAAGCACAAUCAUGGAAAGUUUACUCACGAAGAAUAUUGCCAUUGGUAUUACCACUGCCAUGAUAACAAUGCUUCUGUCCGCCAGUGUAAGAAAGGGAAAUACUAUGACACCAGAAGAAGGAAAUGCUAUCAUUCGAAGGAUGUCUCAUGUGAAGGACGACGGAAACCAGACGAGGUGGACAUCACAACAGAGUUUAUUACGAGAGAAGUAUCCACAACUGAGGCGCCAAAAUUUCAGUGUCCGAGAAAAGAUGGAAAAUUUGCUCAUGAGAAAGACUGCGGGAAAUUUUAUGACUGCAAACGUGGAGAAUAUAAGAUUCACAAAUGUCCUAAAAAUAAACUCUUCGACGAGAAGCAACGUCAUUGUGAAGAUGAAGAUGAUGUGUCAUGUGGACAAAGAAUCCAUCCAGACAUGGAUCCCGAUGAGCCCCAAGAUAAAAUAGUCGAUCCUAAUCCUGAUUUUCGAUGUAAAAGCAAGCACAGAAAGUAUAUUCAUGAGGAAUUUUGCCACUUGUAUUAUAAGUGUCACGACAAGAAAGCUUCUAUUAGGGAAUGCCGGAGUGGAAAAUACUAUGACAUUAAAAAGAAGAAAUGUGUUAAUUCCAAAGAUGUCUCCUGUGGAAAGCGUAAGGAACCUGAAGAAAUAUCUACCAUACAACCAAAACCGGAGACUACAACGAUUACCUUUCCUGAGACAGAGGAAACUUCAGAAAUUUCUAUCAUAACAAGCCCUCCCUCUACAACUAGUGAACAGCCAGAAACUACAUCGACCUUCCCUGAGACAAAGACAGUUUCAGAAGCCUCCAACAUAACAAGACUUCCCUCUACAAUUAGUGAGCAGCCAGCAACUACAUCGACCUUCCCUGAGACAAAGACAGUUUCAGAAGCCUCCAGCAUAACAAGACUUCCCUCUACAAUUAGUGAGCAGCCAACAACUAUAUCGACCUUCCCUGAGACAGACACAACUUUAAGAAUCUUCAACAUUACCAGCUCUUCCGUUACAGUUACUGAGGUGCCAUCAACCACAACUCCUCCAAGGACAAUUACGGAGGAACCAGCAACAAGUUCAUUUGUGUCAAUUACCAAUGAACUAACAACAAAUCCACCAGUGACAACUACAGAAGAAACAGCAGCAAGUUCCAUGGUGACAGCUGCUGAAAAACCCAUUACAACAGGCCAUCCCAUUACUACUACAGAAACGUCCAUGACGAAAUUAAACCUGACUACUGCUGAUGUUUCGUUGACAACAAUCCCUCAAAUGAUUUCCACAUCAUCGAGACCUAUACCAUCUGAGCACCCAAGGACAGCAAAAAGCCAAGCAACAGUGUCUGCGCAUACAACAGUAUAUGAAGAAUCUAGUACAUCACCACCUUCAGUAACAAUAUCUGAGUUACAAAGUACAACACAGUUGCCAACUGAUGAUGGUGUUAAUCCGGAUAAGAUAGUGAACCCAAAUCCAAAGUAUGAUUGCAAUGGCGAUGAGGGCAAUUUUCCGCAUGAGAAAUAUUGCCAUUACUAUUUCAGCUGCAAGAAUAACAAAGCAACGCUUAGAGAAUGUCCAGAAGGAACCUAUUUUGAUAUGAUGCGAGGGCAGUGUGAAGAAUGGUACAUGGUGAGCUGCGGAGACAGGCUUACUCGCGAAGAUGUUGAUUCGACUUCUGAUGAUUUCGAAAGCACGCCAUUUAUUCCAGAAAGAAGAACGAUUUCGUAUCCAGAUCUCAAAAGUUCAAGAGAACCAGUUUCAGAAAAGCCAAGCUUUGAAUGCCCUACUGAAGAAGGUUUCUAUGAACACGAAAAGAAUUGUGAAAAGUAUUAUAUCUGCAAGAAUAAAGUACCAGAAGUAAAAACUUGUUCCGAGGGUCAACUGUAUGAUACAGAGAAGAGGGCUUGUAAUGACGAACAAGAAACCAACUGCGGUGAAAGGAUUCAUCCAAUGGAUGAUCCUGAUAAUCCAGACAAAAUACCCGAUAAAGUAAUUGAUCCAAAUCCUGAUUUUAAUUGCACACAUCGACACGGAUGCUUUACGCAUGAAUUAUUCUGCAAAUGGUAUUAUUAUUGUCAUGACAACAGGCCAGAAGUUCGUGAAUGUGCUGGUGAUCAGUACUUUGACUCAAAGAGAAACAAAUGCUUAGAUUGGUGGAUGGUGAUCUGUGACAAAAGAAUAGUUCCUGAAGAAACUACUUUGUUUCCAAUAACAGACGCUACAAAAGAUCAAGGUACAACUUCAUAUGAAAACAAAAAGACUGGUAGUACUGAUGAAAACAAUAACAUAGGAACUGACUUUACACAUAAUUGGAGCAGGGAAUUUAGUAUAACAGAGAGUGAUGAAAAAACUGGAAUGACGAGCACCGAUGCCAAAUGGACUGGUAGUGACAAGUGGACUACGAUGGACUGGAGUAAAAGAACACGACAAACGGACCAAAGUGUAGAAACUGAUAGCGGCCGGUGGACUACGACAGACUGGAGUAAGAGUUCGAGGUCUACGAACAGAAAUGGAGGAACUGAUAGCGGCAGGUGGACUACAAGGAAUUGGAGUAAAGGACCAUGGUCCACAGAUCGAAGUGGGGGAUGA